GCUGACCACGCGGGGUUCACUUCCGGGGGUCGUGCCGCCAAGCUCUCCAGGUUGGGCUCUGUCUCUCGUGUCCGCUCGGAGGCCGCCUCGCUCCGACCGGCCCGGCAGGACAGAGCCGAGCCGCGGGGCCCCCUCCGGCCCGGCCAUGAGUGCGGCCGCAUGAUGCGUCCCUGCCUCGGCCGCUGCAGUCGCCGCCGCCGCCGCCGCAGGCCGGGAGGAGCCGCAGCGCCGGGCGACCCCGCCCGGGCCUCGGAUCCUAUCACAUAGGACAGUAUGCACCUUAAGAUCCUGAAGAAAAGGCACAAAAUGUUCAAGUAAUGUCUAAAAAUAGUUUGUGAGAUGCGCACUUGCCGUGAGCCCAGGGGCGUGCGGGCACCCGACGGGGAGCCCGGAGAGAAGACCCAGGCCUUUCCCACGAGGGCUCACAGCCAGCCCGGGGCUGAGACACAGACGCCCUCUCAAGGGAAGCCAUGCCGUCAUCAGGACACCGGCUCCGGGAUGUCGAACACCAUCCUCUCCUGACCGAAAAUGACAACUACGACGACUCUUCCUCCUCUUCAUCCGAGGCCGACGGGGCAGACAGGGUCUGGUUCAUCCGCGACGGCUGUGGCAUGAUCUGUGCUGUCGUGACGUGGCUGCUGGUCGUGUACGCGGACUUCGUGGUGACGUUCGUCAUGCUGCUGCCUUCCAGAGACUUCUGGUACUCCGUGGUCAAUGGAGUCGUUUUCAACUGCCUGGCGGUGCUUGCCCUGUCCUCUCACUUGAGGACCAUGCUCACCGACCCCGGGGCAGUACCCAAAGGGAACGCUACUAAAGAACACAUGGAGAGUUUGCAGCUGAAGCCUGGAGAAGUCAUCUACAAGUGCCCCAAGUGCUGCUGCAUCAAGCCCGAGCGUGCCCACCACUGCAGUAUUUGCAAAAGAUGUAUUCGGAAGAUGGAUCAUCACUGCCCCUGGGUGAACAACUGUGUCGGAGAAAAGAACCAGAGGUUCUUCGUGCUCUUCACUAUGUACAUCGCGCUGGCGUCCGUGCACGCGCUCGUGCUCUGCGGGCUGCAGUUCGUCGCCUGCGUCCGAGGGCAGUGGACUGAGUGCAGUGGUUUUUCACCUCCGGUCACUGUGAUCCUGCUGGUCUUCCUGUGCCUUGAAGGUCUGCUGUUUUUCACUUUCACCGCAGUCAUGUUCGGCACCCAGAUCUACUCCAUCUGCAGCGAUGAAACGGAGAUUGAGAGGCUGAAGAGUGAGAAGCCGACGUGGGAGCGGAGGCUGCGGUGGGAAGGGAUGAAGUCUGUCUUUGGGGGUCCCCCCUCGCUGCUGUGGAUGAACCCCUUCGUCGGCUUCCGAUUCAGGCGACUGCAGACGAGACCUAGGAAAGGGGGCCCCGAGUUCUCGGUGUGAGGCUCUCUCAUCGUGCUGGGACUUGUUCACGGACUUUAUUUAUUUGGGGUCGGAAAGGGUAUCAGCAGCUCAUCUGUGACCAGUAGGGCAAGUGGAGACCAGUUGCUUGCAGCAAGCAGAGUUUUAUAUGUUUACGGUCACAGAUGGCGGAGUUCCCACACUAACUGGGUGGCGCUCUGAUCUGUGUCACCGUCCAGUAACAAAGGGAUGUGGCUGCACGAAGAAGCCAAAUGUCAUUAUCUUCCUGCACAGUUAGGAGUUCUGUUAACAUACUUGGCAUUUUUUAAGAAGUUUCGUGGGUUGUUACACGGGUUAUUAAAAUCCUGUGUACUGAGCUGCUUUACUCACUCAUGAAUAAAAUGAGCCAAGCCAGUGACCAGGAAUUCUGCGGCUGGUGGCUUCGGGGAGCUCCUGCUGGCCCCGUGGUUCCCGAGGGCCCACCUCGGUCCAGGAGGGGACUGGAUGCAGGAGCCGCAGGCGCUGCACGGAGCAGCAGGGCUGCAGUUUCACUCCCCACCCGGGGCUGGUGGGCCCUGACCCUGUGGGCAAGUCCACGCGUGUCUGUGUGUGUGUGUGUGCACGUGUGUUUUAAAGUGGGCUGUGUUGUUCAGGCAACAUAACACGUUAUGGGUGUGUGCCACAGACAAGCUAUUUUUUAGAAACCGACGUUUCAGGGAAGAGGGGAGAGCUGCGCGGGGUCCCCCCUCCCGUGGGGUUUACUAUGAAUGUAUUGCAUAUUGGAGAAUAUCUCAAUCCAAAGAACAAUCAUUCCUGUGUGGUCUUCUGUUGCCCUCCUGUUUUAAUUUUUUAAAAAAAAUCUUGAGUGCGUGAGAGGGCUUUGGCACUGACCUGUUUGGUUCCGGCCAAAUGAACAGCGUGUAAACGGCCCCUCCGUGAGAGGAGAGCAGCGUCUGUGGCGGCCUGGCACCUGCAGCCUGAUGCUCGCGCAGCUGGCCUGCAGGGGGCGCGCGCGGCCCUGACGAGGUGAGGGGGCCGCGAGGCAGGAGCCCCUGGGCCCCGUGGGCCUCGCUUGCAGACAGUACUCAGGAUGGCGACAGCUUGUUUGAUUUUUCAGUUUUUACCUUUUUGGGGUAUCAUUUUGUUUCUUUACCCACGUCACAAGCGAUAAAAUAGGACCCUUGGUGCAGAGCUUAAAAUUAUGCCAGAAAGCAAACAGCUCCCCUCCCUGGGGACUCGCCUUAAACUUACCUGGUUUGUCGGUGUUUCGCGGGACUGAGGAGGAAGCCAUCUCUGACAAGGUCUGGGGGGGUCCCCUGAGCCCACGUCCCACGCUGAGAAGAGUGGGCGUCUCCCUCCUGGUCUCCACGCCUCUCUGCUCAUCUGUGAGCUGUUGUGCUUUCGUUUGCGUUAACCCGUCCCCUGUCCUGAUCAGGGUUUCUACCACUGCCGGCGCAGAACCACAAAGGGCCUACUGGACAGCAGCCUAGCUGAGUAAGCAAGCUGUGGGAUGGGUGUGAAAUGGACUCAGGCACUGCAGGAAGUGGGCUGUGACGGGGGGCGCUGAGUCGCAGCCAGAGGACUAACAGAACAGGAGACAUGGGUUUCCCCGAGAUCUUCUGCAGUAUCUGUCAUCUGGGUUGAGCGUGUGUACUGGGCUUCAAUGUGAGGCUUUUCAUAUGUAUAUCCUGGUUAUCAAUAAAAACAAUUAUCAAAGUGGUUGAAUCCUGUGAGACUUGGCAAAUAUGUGCAAAUCAAGUAUACUUGACUUUUCAACCUCUUCUUUCAAUGUAACUUUUUUAAGAAAUAAAGCCACCAGUUGACAUCCUCCA